AUGGCUGAGUGGGUUUGGGUUCUCGCCGCGCUGGGGAUCUAUUUCCACACGAUAAACGCGGAGACUGCCUUGUCUCAGACCCCGUCUAUCUCAACUUCUCCUGGAAACACCGUCAAGAUAACCUGCACCCUGUCAGGAGGUAACAUCGGUAGCUGGUAUACAAGCUGGUACUGGCAGAAACCGGGCAGUGCCCCUGUCUUUGUGUGGUACGAAAGCUCCACCAGAGGUUCCGGCAUUCCAGAUCGAUUUACCGGUUCCGUGGACUCUUCGAACAACCAGGUGCACUUAACCAUCACUAACGUGCAACCGGAGGACGCCGCCGAUUAUUACUGUGGUGUGUGGGAUUACAGUAGUUUCACCUUCGGGAAAGGGACCAAACCGAAUCUGCGCAGUCCGCAGUCCCCCACCGUCUCCGUUCUGCCGCCUUCAGCGGAUGAAGUCAGUGUAAAGGGCAGCGCCACCCUGGUGUGUCUAGUGAGCGGGUUUAUUCCGGGCGCUGUGGACAUUGAGUGGACUGUGGACGGCAGUACGAGACGGAAUGGCGUUGAGACCAGCCGCAUCCAGCAGGAGACGGACAACACGUUCAGUGCGAGCAGUUACCUGACUCUGCCAUCCUCAGUCUGGAACUCACACGAGCUUUACUCCUGUGUGCUUAAACACGAGACUCAGGCAAACCCGUUUAGGGCAAACAUCGCCAGAUCCAGUUGUAUCUGA